GUUGGAUUCAACUCAGAAAAUGGAUGAUGCUAACAUUCUGUAUGCUUGGGAUCGUCUGAAGACCGUUUUGCGCAAACUCUGCUUUGAAGUUAUUUGCGAACGGGAGGAGUAUCGUAGCAAAUGGAUACAGCAAAUGUGUAUACGCAUAACCGGAUGGAAAGAGUCGUCGCGACUGUGGGCAUGUUCGAUCGCCUUAAUAGCCUGCGGCGCAUCCCAAAUCCUGGGUACGUCGAAUGCGGCCGGCCGGAUUACUGUUGGAAAUGUCAGCAUGCAAGCCCCUACCAGACAGAACGAUGUAUUUAAAUGGCUUGAUCCAACAAAUGGACUGGAUGACGCUGACACUCUGCAUGCUUGAGAUCGUCCGG